UCUCGCGAGAUCAGCGCGUUGUUGUUGCAAAAGAUAGCAGAGCUAGCGCAGAUUCGCGCUAUCCCUUAUUCUGCAGUCUUUCUAAACUGUGGGACUGCAAUGGAUGCUCUCGUCGCCCAUGGGGAGACAGAAAGACCCCGGCAUCGUCCCUUCCUUAUAGGGGUCAGCGGAGGAACAGCCAGCGGAAAGUCAACAGUUUGCGCCAAAAUCAUGGAGCUCCUGGGCCAGAACAAGGUGGACCACCGCCAGAGGAAAGUGGCUAUUGUAAGCCAGGACAGCUUCUACAGAGUCCUGACUCCAGAGCAGAAGAUGAAAGCUCUGAAGGGCCAGUACAACUUUGAUCACCCAGAUGCAUUUGACAACGAUUUAAUGUACAAAACCUUGAAGGACAUCGUGGAUGGGCGAGUGGUUGAAGUUCCAACGUAUGAUUUUGUCACCCAUUCCAGGUUGGAAGACAGGAUCACGGUUUAUCCAGCAGAUGUAGUCCUCUUCGAGGGGAUCCUGGUCUUCUACACGCAGAAAGUUCGAGAUAUGUUUCACAUGAAGCUGUUUGUGGACACGGAUUCAGACGUCAGGCUCUCUCGCAGAGUUCUGCGAGAUAUGAACAGAGGGAGAGACCUGGAGCAGAUUCUCAGUCAGUAUACGACGUUUGUGAAGCCUGCUUUUGAGGAGUUUUGCUUGCCUACAAAGAAGUAUGCUGAUGUCAUCAUUCCACGAGGAGUUGACAAUAUGGUUGCCAUUAACCUCAUCGUCCAGCACAUCCAAGACAUUCUGAAUGGUGACAUCUGCAAAUGGCAGCGCGGGUCCAUCAACAGUCACGGGCGGGGCUUCAAACGUGCCAUCUCCGAGCAGGGCGAUCUCCACAACGGAGCCGCCAACCCUCCUGGAGGAAAGAGGGUCCUGCUGGAGCCCAGCUGUCGACCUCACUGAGAACAUGUGAAUCCAUGAGCCCAGACUGUGAAUAUGAGAUCUUACUGUUGCAGAGUCAGAGCUGCGGUUUCUUUAUUUACCAGUACGAUAAUUCUUAUCGAUAGUGCUGUCCGGCUGUAACGGUCUUCCAUGAUACUGUUUGAUUCUUCAGUUUUGACUGUACUCAGAUGACGUGUUACUGAAGCAGAGGGUGAAGGAGGAAGCUUAUUUAAUCUUUUAAUGUCACAUGCUUUGCACCUUAUAUUUAUAGUGACUUUAAUUGAGAUUAAUAUAUUUAAAUUCUAUGAUCUGUUGUAGUUUUGUUGCUCUCUGUUUAACUUAUUCAAACUAAAAUAGGACACAUGUUUUAGCAGUGUUACACCAAUCAGUGCUUCCUCUUCAUUAUUUACAGUUGAAUCCAUGCCUUAAUUUUUUAAAGUUGAUUUUCCACCGACCAUUCUGUACAACAAUAAACUGAACCUCUCUGAUAAAGCUG